AUGUCAAUAGCACAUUCCGAGUUUACUGAUCAGGUUAAAAGAUGGAAUAAAGAUGUGUAUGGUCAUAUUUUUACCUGUAAGAAGCUUCUGACGAGGAAACUUCAAAGCAUUGAGAUUGAGCGUGAUAGAAGAAACUCGGACUAUCUUAAUCAAGUUGAAAUGGAAGUUAGAGGGGAAUUGGAAAAUAUGUUGCAUCAUGAAGUGUUACUUUGGCAUCAGAAGUUCGAUGAAAGUUUACCCCCGAAUGCUUUUUUGUGCCUUACUGACGAGGAUUUUAAUCUCCUUAAUAAUCCAGUUUCUGAUGAGAAAAUUAAAGCUGCUUUGUUUGACAUAGCACAUUUAAAGGCUAUAAGAAGUGAUGCUCAUGAGCAUACUGACUUUUUAGCAAGACGGAAUAUCACUAACAACAUUGUUAUUGCACAAGAAGUUAUUCACUCUAUGAGGAGCAUGCAGAAAAACAGGAGAUGGAUGACCAUCAAGAUUGAUCUAAAGAAAGCUUACGAUCGAAUGCGUUGGGAUUUCAUUGACUUCUAUUAUGCGGUUUUGUUGAAUGGGGUUCCAACUCUGAAAUUUUGGCCAGCUAGAAGCAUUCGACAGGGUUGCCUUUUAUAUCGUUAUUUGUUUAUCUUUUGCAUGGAAUGGUUGGCUCAAAGCAUACGUAUUACCAUUGAUGCUGGCAAUUGGAAUCCUAUUCGUCUGGCUCGUAAUGGUCUACUGCUUUCCCAUCUUUUUUUCGUAGGUGAUUUCAUCCUUUUUGGUCAUGCUGAUGGGCAUCAAGCUCAGGAUUACCAGGAUGUGUUGCAUGUAUUCAGAGAUUGCUCUGCUGCUAGAAUCAUUUGGGAUAAAUUCAUUCCAGAAGAAAGACUUUCCGAGUUUUAUAAUGGUUCCCUCCACAAUUAG